GCCGCCUACAUGCGCCACGCCAAGCGCAGCCAGCUCACCACUGCCGACGUGGACCGGGCGAUGCGCGAGAAGAAUGUCGAGGUGAGUGGCCGGCCUGCGGCGUGUGCGCGGCGCAGUCAAACGGAGCGCUCUAGAGCAGCGCAGGCGCCUUGCGCGUUGGAGCGCCGCAAGCUCCAUGAGGCAGACAUCGCGAUGCUUGCAUCCUCUAGGCUGUCGGCGCAUCACUGGCAUGCUCUCCGUCUCUUGUGUCUCACGCUGCUGCGCCACACAGCCCAUCUACGGCUUCCUCUCGCCGUCGCGCGGCCACUCCUCCACUUCUGCGCUUGCCUCGCCCUCCUUCCGGCGCGUGCAGACGCCCAGCGGGCCCAUGCACGUACUCAACGACGUUGAGAUCGAUCUCGAAACGCUACCGUCGCGCGUUGUGCCCGAGCGCGGCGCGGGGGUCGGGUGGGCCGCGCACUGGCUGGCCAUCGAGGGCGUGCAGCCGGCCAUCCCGCAGAACCCGGUGCGCCCCAGCGCCGGCAUGCGCCCUGGCGCCUUCGCCGCGCCCGCACCUGCGCAAUCGGCCGGCGCAGAGCAGGGCUCGGCCACAGGCAAGAGCGCCAGCGUCAAGCCGCUCAUCAAGCAUGUCCUGUCGCGCGAGCUGCAGCUCUACUUUGAGCGCAUCGUCUCCAGUCUCCUCGCUGCGCCGCUGCCGCCGGCGCCCGACACGGCAGCGGCCUCGACCUCUGCAGACGCGCAGUCUGCGCCUACCAACUCGGCCCGCGAGGCGGCGCUUGCGGCACUGAGAGGCGACGCCGGCCUGGCGCAGCUGUUGCCUUACCUCGUGCAGUGGGUGGGCGAGCAGACGACGGCACACCUCACCGAUGCGCAGGCACUGAGUGUUGUGCUGCGUGCGGCCGAGGCCCUGCUGCACAACUCGACGUUGGUCAUCGAGCCAUACCUGCAUCAACUCCUUCCUUCGCUUCUCUCCGUUCUACUUUCCUCGACACUGCCGGCGUCUCCGCUUCUGCGCACGCACGCCGCCGCGCUGCUGCGGCACAUUGUCGUGCAGCACUCCUCCUCCUAUCCGUCACUGCGGCCGCGGCUGCUGCGCACGCUGCGUGCCGCGCUGCAGGCGCGCUCGACGCCAGCGGGACAGAGCGCUGCGACGAAGACGGGAGCCGUGCUUGGCGUUCGCGGCCUGGGCAAGGAGGCGAUCAAGAAGGUGCUCGUGCAACAGGACACAAUGGAGGCACUAGGCCAGUGGUGCAGCGAGAAGGAAGAGGAGGCUGGGGAGGUCCAACGAGUCGUUUUGGAAGCGCUCUCCGACCUUGCACCCAGCUACUCCUCUCGCCGCAGACCCGCCAACGGCACCGCAUCCUCUGCGCUAUCGGCGCGUGUGGGCGACUUUUGGGCGGAGCAGUUGAUGCGCGCGGAUGCCGCGACCGCGCGGGAAGCGCUUCUUGCACUGCUGGCGGACGAGACAGAGGAGGCGCGCCACGUCGAGAGUACACACGAGCACCUCGAGACCGAAGGGCAACGCGGCGAGCGGCCACAGGAGCAGGAGGCGGAUGGAGACGACACGGAGAUGGCGCUACUAUAGGAAGCCAUGCUCAUUGAUGCAGUGAAGGCGAGUGAUGCGUGAUGAAGCGUAGCGUGAGGGCGAGGCUACGGACGGCGCCGAGACGGGUUGGAGGGCGCCGAGAGCUAGCCAAGGCGCAGCUCCGCGAGCUGCUGCUCGACGGAUGCUUCUUGUCCCAGCUCCGGCGACGGCGCGGCGCUACGCUCGGCCUCGCGCCCUGUGAGCGCCGAUCGCAGGCUCUUGGUGGCGCGGUUGACAGGCGGCGGCCGGCGCGGCGUGGCGAGCGGGGCGAUGAGUGCGGGUGCAGCACUACUGCUGCCUGGUGGCGGCGGCGGAGCACGGCGCCGCGACGACGGAUUCGGCGAGGCUGUGCCGGAGCCAUACGAUGGAGCGGGGCUGGCGCGACCAUCGAACUCGUCGUCCGCAGACGGCAGCAGCGCAUGCGCUACGGCAGCAUCCGAAGGGCUCUGCAGCAUUUCGCGCCGGCCGGCGC